AUCUGUUAGUCAAUCUAGUAUCUAGUAAAGAUCAAUCAUAUUAAUCAUUGCUUUGUCUUGACCUAUGUGAUGUAGACAACUCAAAGUACAUGUUCAUUAAAAGAAAACAAAUAAAUAAAUUUUGUGUUGUGCUAUGGCAAUGAACAUUUUGUGACUACAAUAUGAGUUCAAUUGUCAAGUUUGAAGGUAUUUGGGGUGUUGGCAGUGAGACACCACAUUGCUAUCUUCUUACUGUUGAUGACUUCACAUUUCUGCUCGAUUGUGGCUGGGAUGAAAAAUUCGACAAGGACUAUAUUGAUCGACUAUCCAAGGCAAUCAACCAUGUUGACUGCGUGUUGCUGUCCUUCCCUGAUCCCCUCCACUUAGGAGCUUUCCCUUACCUGGUUGGCAAGUGCCAGCUGUCUUGUCCUGUAUAUGCCACCAUUCCCGUCUACAAGAAUGGCCAGAUGUUCAUGUAUGACUGGUACCAGAGCCACCACAGCUAUGACGAGUUUGAGCUCUUUGACCUGGAUGAUGUGGAUGCCGCCUUUGAAAGAAUCAUCCAAGUCAAGUAUCACCAGAGCAUCAACAUGAGAGGUAAAGGGCUCGGCAUGAGCAUCUCAGCGCUGCCGGCGGGCCACAUGCUGGGCGGCUGCAUGUGGCGCAUUACCAGGGACGGGGAGGAGGAUAUUCUGUACGCGGUUGACUACAACCACAAGAAGGAGCGUCACCUCAGUGGCUGUGAACUGGACAAGAUAUUCCGCCCAUCUCUUCUCAUCACCGACGCCUUCAAUGCCACGUAUCGUCCUGAGAGGAGGAGGCAGCGCGAUUUGAAAUUUGUUGACUUACCAUACAUUAUCAGUAUGGAUGCAGUCAGCCCAAUGCAAACAUGCAAUCUCUGCAAAAAGCAAAUGGUGAGCAACACGUCCUACCACGUCAUGCACUUCGCCAGGCAAAUGGUGAGCAACACGUCCUACCACGUCAUGCACUUCGCCAGGCAAAUGGUGAGCAACACGUCCUACCACGUCAUGCACUUCGCCAGGCAAAUGGUGAGCAACACGUCCUACCACGUCAUGCACUUCGCCAGGCAAAUGGUGAGCAACACGUCCUACCACGUCAUGCACUUCGCCAGGCAAAUGAUCGAGUGGAUGAGUGAGAAACUGACGAAAUCUUUUGACUCGAGUCGAUCAAAUCCGUUCAGCUUAAAGCACGUCAAGUUCUGCCACACGCUCGCUGACCUGGCCCAGCUGCCUUCUCCUAAGGUUGUGCUCGCCAGUUUCCCAGACCUGGAGUGCGGGUUCUCCCGUGAGCUCUUCAUGCAGUGGGCGGCCAGCAGCAAGAACGCCAUCAUCCUCACCUCCCGGACUGGUGAAGGCACUCUAGCUCGCCGGCUGAUAGACAACCCUAACUUGCGCGUGUUCAAACUGAUGGAGAAGAGGCGCGUGAUCCUGGAGGGCGAGGAGCUGGAGGAACAUCUGGCCAUGCUGCGGCAACACAGAGUUAUGGAGAGGAUGAAGGAUCCUGUCGUUGAUUCUUCAGACGAAGAAGAAGACCCGGAGCUGCAGCUGCUGGAGUCCGGCAAGCACGACAUCAUCUGCCUCGAGAGCAAGACCGUGGCGGGGGGGCAGGGGCCUAUGAGGUCUAGGAAGCACCACCACAUGUUCCCUUACCAUGAGGAGAAGACCCGCAGCGACGAGUACGGCGAGUUCAUCAACCACGCAGACUUCGAACACCUCGUGCCUACGCUGACGGAGGGGGAUGAUGACGCGGCCAGAGAACCUCUGCAGCAGCUCAACAGGGACAUCAUUGGUUGGUCACUAGAAAGAAUCAUUCCUAGUAUCAUCCCCCCUGCGCAGGCCGUGAGCCCCGGACGUAUCAUCCUGGUGCGGGGCUCCCAGGCGACGUUGAACGGCCACGCGGGCGCCCUACGCAGCGUGUGCCCCCACACACCCAUCCACACGCCCGUCCUGGGGCAGGUCGUCCUGGCGUCCACGCACACGCUCAUGCAGCAGAUUCAGUUGUCGGAUCCGCUGCUGCGGUCUCUGAAAUUCUUCCGCACGUCCGGCAUCCGCGGCGCUGAGGUCGCCUGGCUCGACGGCAUCACUAAGAAGAGGAAGAGAACUCAGCAGCUCGAGCAGGUUAUAUCAUCGGCGGAGUCCGUGGACGACGAGCUGCUGGUUGUGGAGGAGGCUCCUCCUGAGAAAAUAUGUGCUCACGACACGGUGCUCAUCAACGAGCUGCGGCUGAGCGACUUCAAGCAGGUGCUCGCUAAGGCAGGCGUCAUGGCCGAGUUCAACGCCGGCAUCUUGUGGUGCGCCAACGGCACCGUCGCCUUGAGGAAGCAAGAGGCUGGGAACAUCGCCGUGGAGGGCGCGUUGACUGAAGAUUAUUUCACCGUACGCGAGCUGCUCUACGCGCAGUACGCGCUGCUCUGAUAUGCUCUACGCUCUUCUGAUUGCAUUCUGAAACUGGAACCUAUUUACUUUUUGUUGAUAUUUUCCGUAUAAUUUUAGUGCCAGCUGCUUUUUUCAAUAUUGAAUUAAGUCAACCUACUCUUAGAAAUUUUGAGUUUCAAUACUUGGUUAUAUUUCAGACAUCAUCGCUUAAUUGUUAGAUUUCAUUCUAUUUGUAUUUCAUCUACUUCAUUUUGUACAGCAGCUCAAUGAAUUAGGCAUUCAAUAAAAAACAAUGUCAACUCUG